ACGCGUUAUCAAAGAUUUUCAUUUGGAAAGCAUCCAGGAUAUCAUCAUAUUGGCCCUAAACGAGCAAUUCCUUGAGCCCGACGUUGUACUUAACCUCUGCGAGACUGAUCAAAUUGCUGUUAUUCCACCACUUAGUGGAGGAUAAAAUGGCUAACAAUAGAGACAUUGUUCAUCUGCAGUUUUGUAAACUGGAUAUCAAUAAUAUAAUUGAAUCUGUUGUUUCUCCAAAUUGUGGAGCUAUAUCAAGUUUUAUAGGAACUACAAGAGAUAAUUUCGAACAAAAAAAGGUUGUGAAAUUGGAGUAUGAAGCUUACGAAACUAUGGCUUUAAAAGAAAUGCAAACAAUCUGUGAUAAAAUACGUUCAAAAUGGAAUAUUGAAAAAAUUGCAAUAUUUCAUCGUUUAGGAGAAGUACCUGUUACACAAGCAAGUAUCGUCAUUGCUAUUUCUUCACCUCAUCGCCAAGAAUCCUUGCUAGCUGUGCAGUUUGCUAUUGACGCAGUUAAAACUUCAGUACCUAUAUGGAAAAAAGAAAUAUAUGAAAAUGGUGAGCCAGAGUGGAAAGAAAACAAAGAGUGUUAUUGGACAAAAUCUGACCCAACACAAAAAUUUGAAACAACUUGUAUUUCUAAUGAGAAGAAAGUGUUUACUAUAGUAAAUAAUGAAUUAACAAUUUUUAAUGAAGAAAACGUAGAUCUUGAUAAUAUCUGUAAUACAGUAGAGGUGGAAGUUCCAUCAAUAAAUGAAAAUGAUGCUGCAAAUAAAUUUGUUAUCGAUCCUGAACAAGUGCAAAUCAAAGCAGAUGCUAAAGAAUUAAAUCGUAGAAUAGAAUCUUUUAUUUCACGCAAACGAGAACAAGUAAACGCAUUAAAUUUGCAUGAAUUUUGCAUCAACAGAACCCCAAUUCAAAAUGAGGACGAUGAAGCAACAUGUGUUUGUGCUCGAGUAAAUGCAGUGUUUAUGAGAGGCUAUGACUCUAAAAAUCGUUUGAAAGUUCACAGAGUGUACAAUCAAUGGUCCCAUCAAAAUAUUAAACCUGUCAUUCCAGUAAAACUUGAAAACAAAUCUGGCAAUUAUCCAUCAGCUCUGGAAGAAAGAUUAUCAACAACAGAAAAAAUAUUAGGAGUUAAUAAACCAGUUCCUCGGGAUAUAUACCAACGGAUAAAAAAAAUAGAAGACCGCCUUCUAUUUUUAGAAGGUCUUUCUCCAGAAUAUCGAGAUUUAUGGUCCAUCGAUGAUUGUGAAAGUGUCACAAGUUUUGACGGAAAUUCCUCUGAUAAUUAUGAUAGAGUAGACUUUAAGCCAGCUAAGAAAAGGGCUCAUUCUUCAAUAAAUAUUGGUCCAAAAGUACAUGGGCUUGAAGAUAGGUAUGCUACAAGAAAGUAAAAAUAAUGCAAUGAUGAAAAUUUUGUUGCUCAGCGCACAGCCGAUGCUUAUAAACAAUUAAUUUCAGUUUUUUUCUAUUAUUAAUUUUAAUUUAUUUGUUUCGUAGAUAUUGUAGAUUUCAUUAAAUUUACUGUAGUUAAUAUUAAGAUAAUUAUAGUUUUUUCGAAUCAUCGCUUAUCAUUUUAUUUCUUAACUUUUUUUAGAAAUACGAUAGAUUAACUGAAAUUCUUUCAAUUUUUUGGAAGAUUUUUUAUUUUUGAUAUAAAAAGAUAAAUUGUUAUAUAUAGAAGUAGUAAUUGAAACAAACACUUAUUUUGA